GCGGCGGCGGCCGCGACGAUCGUCCACCGUCCAUCCCCGAUCUGGGGAUGGCGUCCCCACGCGAGUUAACCCAGAACCCCCUGAAGAAGAUCUGGAUGCCAUACAGCAAUGGGCGGCCCGCUCUGCACGCCUGCCAGCGUGGGGUCUGUAUGACCAACUGCCCCACACUGAUCGUCAUGGUGGGCCUACCUGCUAGAGGCAAGACCUACAUCUCCAAGAAGCUGACUCGAUACCUGAACUGGAUUGGUGUACCCACGCGGGGGGGCAGGAGUUGUCCACUGUCGGGCUUGCACCAGCAGUGUGCUCUGACAGCCCUCUGUGACGUCCGGAGGUUCCUCAGUGAAGAGGGGGGACACGUGGCGGUGUUCGAUGCAACCAAUACCACCCGGGAACGAAGAGCCACCAUCUCUAAUUUUGGGGAACAGAAUGGCUACAAGAUCUUCUUCGUGGAAUCCAUCUGUGUGGACCCAGAGGUCAUCGCUGCCAACAUAGUGCAAGUGAAGCUGGGCAGCCCAGACUACGUGAACCGAGACAGUGACGAAGCCACGGAAGACUUCAUGAGGCGCAUUGAAUGCUACGAGAGCUCCUACGAAUCUCUGGAUGAGGACCUGGACAGGGAGCUCUCCUACAUCAAGAUCAUGGAUGUGGGGAAGAGCUAUGUAGUGAAUCGCGUGGCCGACCACAUCCAGAGCCGGAUCGUAUAUUACCUCAUGAACAUCCACGUGACUCCCCGCUCUAUCUACCUCUGCCGGCAUGGGGAAAGCGAGCUCAACCUCAAGGGCCGGAUUGGUGGGGACCCAGGACUGUCCCCCCGGGGCAGAGAGUUUGCCAAGAGCCUCGCCCAGUUCAUCAGCGAUCAGAACAUCAAGGAUCUGAAGGUAUGGACCAGCCAGAUGAAGAGGACAAUUCAGACCGCCGAGGCACUGGGGGUCCCCUACGAACAAUGGAAGGUCCUCAACGAGAUCGAUGCGGGCGUUUGCGAGGAAAUGACCUAUGAGGAAAUCCAGGAUCACUAUCCACUGGAGUUUGCUCUGCGCGAUCAGGACAAGUACAGAUAUCGGUACCCCAAAGGGGAGUCUUACGAGGACCUGGUCCAGCGCCUGGAGCCUGUCAUCAUGGAACUGGAGAGGCAGGAGAAUGUUCUGGUCAUCUGUCACCAGGCGGUGAUGCGCUGCCUCCUGGCCUAUUUCCUUGACAAAGCAGCAGAACAGCUACCGUACCUCAAGUGUCCCCUGCACACAGUCCUGAAGUUGACCCCUGUGGCAUAUGGUUGUAAAGUGGAAUCCAUUUUCCUGAAUGUGGCAGCCGUGAACACACACCGAGAUAAGCCUCAGAAUGUAGACAUCUCCAGGCCUCCAGAGGAAGCGCUUGUGACAGUUCCCGCCCACCAGUAACCCCUUCUCCACUGUGACCCGGGGACGGGCACUGAUUGCUGCAGACAAGGACAUUUCCGGUCCCACUGGAUCUUGCGGUACUAGUGUACAGUCACCCUCCAGGCACAUUCCUGAAGCCGGGCAUGGUGGCUAAGUAGCACCCAGAACCCCCAGCUCAGCACCCUUGUUGACAUCCAAGUGACAAGGUGGGAUGUAGCUGACCGACUAGCUGCUAUGAAUCUCUGGGCCAGACAUAGUCUGGGACACGGUCUCUCACCCCAGGCUGGCUGCUUCUAGGAAACAUGUUGCCCGAAAUGUGAAAUGAAAAGUUCCCACUGGGUCCAGUGCUGGUAGCACACACCUGGAAUCCCAGCUCCGCAGGAGGCUGCGAUCCGAGGAUGGCCUUUUGAAAACCAGCCUCCUGAGUAAGAAAGUCUGUGAGACUUAGCUCCAGACAUUAGAG